AUGGAAUUGGGUGGAGGAUCCAACAAUAGGCGACGGGACAAGGCAAUUGCAGGCAGUGUGCUUUGUUUUUGUGGGCUACCGGCAAAGAUAUCUCAAGCUUGGACUGAUAAAAAUCCGGGUCGAAGGUUCUAUGGAUGUGAACGAUACAAGUUUGAUGAGGAAGAAGCUUUUGGAUGGCAAAAAGAAGCUUUGAUUGAAGCGAGAAACCAAAUUCGCAAGAAGGACAAGAUUAUUGCGGAGCUGAAGGUGACAAUUUCUGAGCUUCAAAGUGAUUUGGUCAAGAAAGAAGAGGCAGAAGAAGACAUCAUUAACAGCUUUCUUAAGCUAUAA